AUGAAUGAAUUUACAUUUAUGAAUCAGAAAUUUUACCAUUAGCACAAUUCGAUUGAGGUAAAUUGUUUUCUUUAUCCUUAUUGCAGUUAAGGAACCCGAGCAGCACAUUCUCCCAUAAUAAACAAAAGUCAUCAAGAAUAUUAACAAUGAUAAAACUAGAAAUAUCUUUCCAUGAUUUCUUUACAUAUAGAAAAUGCCAAAAUAAAUGCAAAACUGCUCUGGAUGUUCAACACAAAAAGUACAGUUAAUGUAUUUAAAAAAAAAAAGUUUCUUCAGGUAAUGAUUCGCUGGGUAAUACUGAUCAGGUAUUUGUGUGGUAAUAACCAUACUUUUUUCCAACAGAUAUUAUUGACAAAUGUAUUCCAGUAAAUGGUGACGUAAGUAAUAGAAAUAAAGCACAUAUAGAUCUGUUGUUCUGAGGGCGCAAGGAUAAAUGCAUUUUUUUCUAUUGAGGAGUCAACUGGAUUAAGAGAGGGUAGCUCAAGAAGAUGAGAUCUGGUUACACCUCUAAACAACAUGAGAGUUGAAGAUGGAAUAGUAUCAAAGACUUUAGCGAACUAUCUAGGACUUGGUGUAACAGGGAUAUUGUUACGAGAUAAUUGAGUAACAAUCCUAAUGCAUUAAAAAGUUGACUCACCAGCAGGAUAUGAUUAUUAAACCAGUUCUUAAAAAAUAAAUUCACUGGAAGUUACUCUGUAGGCUUCUUGGGAAAUUCCGUCCUUUGUCAAGGUGUGUACUUUAGGCCCGCCCACACGGGUCGACACUAGGUACCACAGACACAAAGUCAUAACCCCCGCCUAUAUCUACAAUUUAUCUUCUAAACAUCUUAUUUCAACCUUAACCACACUGCUAAUCUUACGUCCAACCUUAAAUUAAGACCAAAAAGCACAUUUUUGUUUUCAUGAAUUGUUACGAUAUUGCCAAUUUUGACUUUGGGGUUGUGGUAACUAGUGGGAAAACCUGCCCACACACUAAACUACGGCGUUUGAUUGGAUGCGUUUGCCAAAUGACGCGAUAACUAGCUUUUUUUUUUUUUUUUACAAUUCUCAAUCUCAUGAACAAGUCACAGUUAAAUUGGGAAGGCUUUACUUUUUCGCUGUUACCUGUGUAUUUCAACGGUUUAACGCAAAGACAACUAUAACGCUAGGCGUUGUAAAGACUGAUUGCACAACUGAGAUUGGCACCAUGUCUGAUUUGGUGGAUGCCAAAUGCAUAACUACACAAUGGCCAGGGAGUCCCUCACUGCCAAGGUUUACUAUAGAGAAUCAGAAAGUAGAUGCUAGGCCUCCAGCUGACAUGUACACAUAUAAAAUGAACUACCCCAGCCUUGGACAAUGUGUCAUCAUCAACAACAAGAACUUUGACAGGAGAACAGGAAUGAGUUCUCGCAAGGGAACAGAUGUAGAUGCUGGCUAUGCAAGGAAAGUGUUUGAACGUUUGGGGUACAACGUGAAAGUUGCCAAUGACCAGACGGUGCAGCAGAUCCAACAGCUGCUUUACACUGUGUCUCAAGACAACCACAGCCAGUCAGCCUCCUUUGUGUGUGUGAUGCUGAGCCAUGGAGGAGAGGGUGUGUUCUAUGGCACAGAUGGAAAUGUGGAGCUCCAGAAGCUCACCGGACUCUUCAGGGGCGACCGCUGCAAAACGCUGGUGGGAAAGCCCAAACUCUUCUUCAUCCAGGCGUGCCGUGGCUCUGAUCUGGACUGUGGAAUAGAGACAGACAGUGUUGCUGGUGGAAUAGAGACGGACAGCGUUGCUGGUAACUAUCCAGCGAGGAUUCCAGUGGAGGCAGACUUUCUCUAUGCUUACUCUACAGCCCCAGGCUACUACUCCUGGAGGAACACCGACAAGGGCUCCUGGUUCAUCCAGGCCCUCUGUGAGAUGUUACAAAGGUACGGCAAACAGCUGGACAUUAUGCAGAUCAUGACACGUGUUAACCACAAGGUGGCACAUGACUUCGAGGCUUGCGCCAACAAGCAGAUCCCUUGCAUUGCGUCUAUGUUGACCAAACAUCUCUACUUUCCACAGUGAUUGUAUAUCCUGUGGGACCAUUUUACAUAUUUGUACAGUGUCUGCUGGGGUUCUAAAGACCAUUAAAUAAUACAGAGGGAUUCUCUGCACUGGACCAAAUACCACUGUGGAUAAUCACUUAUUCAAAUACUUCUGUUUGGGGAAAGUCUAAAAGCGAAAAGGUAUGAAAUGUUUACCCUUGAGGCCUAAAGGGCAUUAUGUUGGACCACAGAGAAUGGCUUUUUAAUGGAGAAAGGCUGGCAUUAAGUAUUGACUACACAAUAGCAGUACUUGCUAUUGAUAUGUAGUUCAUUAAUUUGGAAUGGAAUUAAAAUGCUCUGAAUUGUAGGGUAAAUACAUGUUCAGAUAACAUGGAAUGAAAGUCACUCAGGCUUUAUAAGUAUUGUAAAGUUGUGUUCUGUCUCUAUAUAAAUAAUCUGUCACCCAUGAGGUGUUUUUUCAUCAUUUGCACAUUCAAAUAGGGUACUACAUGAAUAAAGGAGCUUUUAUCCUGGGUAAAUUGUGUUCCCAAGAAACAACA